AUGUCUCUCCCUUAUACAAACGAUUCCUACGACGAACCCUUCAGGUACUGCGGCGUCACGAGAGCCUGUGGGACCGACAACCCUUAUGACGUCGACAUCGCUGGUAUCGGAGUCCUUGUUUCGUUCAUUGCCACGGCAGCCUUCUCCCUGUUGGCCAUUAUCCUUGGCUACCUCUGCGAAUGCCUGCCCGGCACCGAGACAAACCAUGUCGACCAGGCCGUCACCGUGACCGUAACCACGUUCGUGAAAUUCUGUUUCAGCCCCAGUCUCUCCCGGAUCAAGAAACUGCGUGCCCGUCUGUCCUCGGCACACCUGCAUCACACGCAAUUCCAAGAAGAGUUGGUCAAACAAUGGUCAACCGCCUUGGAGCGUUUCAUUCUUGCCAUGAGCGAUCAGCAGCUCGUCACCGGCAUCGCCAUCAUGGUCACCAUCUACACCAAGUCGUGCGAUAUCUCCAUUUACUCUUUCCAGAUGGCCGGCGCCCUCGCCUGGUUCUCAUCCACCACCCACCUGGCUACACUUACCAUUCUGACCAAGCACUUUGAUACCCACCGCAUCGCCCGGAACUUCCGAGCCGUCAUGAUGGUCGCCAUGAUGUUCAUGCUGGCUGUCGCCCAGAUCAUAAGCAAUUCGGAAAGCGUGCAGCACUCGUCUACGGACAUCUAUUUCGGCUGCGCGCUGAGGAAAUCUUUCAAGCUUUCUCCCAUCGACGGAUACGAAAUCGCCAACUUGUGCCUCAUCAUCGCCUGGCUUAUUCUGUCCUAUGCAAGCAGGAUGAUAUCCCUGUAUUCGGCGAACGUCAAGUCGUCGUACAGCUGGCCCACCCGACAGAUAGCCUUCGUUCUCGGUCUGGAGAUACAAGAACCCACGGCCGAGGACGACUCGUUGGAGAAACUCGACAAAGUCAUGCAAGCCGUGGACGAUCGUCUUCGCAACGGGCCCCUCGGGCGAUGGUCACUCUUGCGCCACGUCUGUGUCUGGAUCGCACGCUUCUUCUCCCUCGCCGGCGCAAUCGAGAGAGCGUUCGCAAGUUCCUUCCUGUGGCAUCUCAUUUGGCUCCUGUUCGGAGCGACGUUUGGUAUCGGCCAGGUGAUUUCCAUCCGCAAAGACUACACCGUCCCGUACCGCAAAGACCAGGAGACGGAGACUCUCAACAAAUGGGGCUUCGGGCAGAUCCUGCCCCUCGUUCUUCUGGCUCUGCCCGCUCUGAUGGGCUUGGAAGCAUAUUUUGAGACGAAAGAAAAGAUCGAACGUCACCGCAAGAGCCAGCGCUCCUCGGCAAUGUCUAGCUCUCACAAAGGGAGCCGCGGCGAGACGGAAAUGGUAGCGACACGCUCGCCAACGACGACGAUGACGACAGACUUCUCGGCGGAAUCAACGCCGUUGCCAUUGCCCCAUCGCCCCACAACUGCGUCGGGCAUCGCCGCGCCCGGAAGCGUCUACGACCUGCCGCUGGCGCGCUGCAUGCUGGUCUUCUACAUUGCCAUGUGGCUCGUCUUGUCGCAGCUGGUCGCCGUCAGCGCCGCUACCAACUUUGCCAACUUAGGCUUGAUGAUCCCGCUCGUCGUGGUGCUGGUUAUUUUUUACUUGUGGAGCGUCGUGGCGUUUGAAGGGCCGCAGCUGCUUCAUGCUGUGGACAGGAAGAGGAAGGAGCGGAAGGCAAGGUAUCUGCGGGAUGUGGCAGGGUGA